ACUUCAAAUGGUGGACGAAAAACAAAAAACCGAGAAUACUAAUGAGGCUUGUGAUAUCGACAAGGAAAAUGUACCAUCUAGUCCUUCUAUUAUAGAAAAUUCACCACCACCAGACCAGGGCAUUCAAAUAGCAUUACGCGAAAACAAGAUAUUGAAACCGAUAGGUGAUGUUCAGAAUCCUCAGCAAGAGAUAAAUGAUGCAUCAGAAACUAUCGAUAAGACGUCAAGUAAAGUGUUUGCCGUCCGGCCACGUUCAAGAAUUUCAAGUAGUAGCAGUUCAUCCUCAUCUUCAUCUUCAUCCUCGAGUAGAUCUUCAUCCUCCAGUAGCAGAUCUUCAUCCUCCAGUAGCACGGACAAAUCUGAGACUGUAGCAAUUCCUGGCCCAAGUACUAAUUUAAGGCCUCAAGCAGGUAUUCCACGUUCGUACACUCAAUCGCCAGUUAAUCCACAAGAAAGUGAUGUGGAUCUAAGCGACUCAGAUCCAACAUACCAUACUGAACAAUCCAACAAUCCAAGGAGUAGACGUAUUUCCAGCUCUUCAUCUGCCAAUUCAUUGGUCCAACCAGAACCCUCAAAGAGUAGAAAACGAAAAAGGAACCCUGUUAAUUGGAAGCAAAACCAAUCUAAAAAGUCAAGAAACUCUGGAGAGAGUUAUAGGUCUAUGGCAAAAUCUAAAAAAGUCAUUCCAGCUAGACAAAUCAAAGAAACUUGUACAAGUAAGUGUAGGCUUAAGUGUUUCAAUAAUAUAAAUGAGACUGAGAGAUCUGAAUUAUUUAAGAAUUAUUGGGCUUUGUCCAAUUUGGAAUUACAACGUUCAUAUAUUAGGGCAUCCAUGAUGGAAGUACAACCUAGAUAUAGAUAUUCUAAUGCUCAAAAUCCUCGCCUGCCAAACAAUGCGUUUUAUUUCACUGUAAAUGGUAAUAGAAUUCGUGUUUGUAAACAAUUUUUU